CGGCGGGUUUUGUAGUGUUUGAGGUUAGACAAUUUAUUAUGAAAAUAUUGAUAUUUUGUUUAUAGACGAAAGAAUUUGUAGUCAUAAUAAUAUUAUUUUAAUUCCUAUAAUAAUAUUGAAUCACAGUGUAGCGGGAGAAUGGCAUUGGCAAAGGCGCUGAGACCACGCGAAGUGGUCUUGGUGAUACUGUUUGUGAGGAUCCUGUCGGUAUUCCUGGUGCAAACGUGGUAUGUACCAGAUGAGUACUGGCAAACCUUGGAGGUAGCCCAUAAACAUGCGUUUGGAUAUGGAGCCCUAACUUGGGAAUGGCAGAGAGGUAUAAGAAACUAUUUAUAUCCAAGUGUAGUAGCUGCUCUAUACACAUUACUGAAGUUGACUGGAUUGGAUCAUCCCCAAGCUGUGAUUAUCCUGCCUAGAAUUCUUCAAGCCAUUAUCAGUACAGCUGCUGAUUACAGCUUUUAUAAAUGGACUGGGCGCAAAUGGGGACUCUUUCUUAUCUUAACAUCAUGGUUCUGGUUCUACACUUCUGGAAGGACACUACUUCAGACCCUGGAGACUGCCUUUGUGGCUGUAGGCCUCUCUCUAUUCCCAUUUAAAGCGGGCAAAAUGGGAUAUUAUGAAAAAGAGAAUAACAAGUGGGUGUGGUUUGCGUGCAUAUCGGUAUUUGUACGGCCGACUUCGGCACCACUGUGGUUCGUCUUAGGCAUCUACAACGUGGUGACCACCAACCAGGGUCGUCUCAAGCUACUCCUGCGCACCUAUCUGCCUAUUGCUUUAAUAAGUGGCGGAGCCCUAGUAGCACUGGACUCCUACUUCUAUGGUAGACUCGUUGUGACGCCAUGGGAAUUCUUCAGAUUCAACGUAUUGUAUGACGUGGCUUCCUUCUAUGGACAACAUCCUUGGCACUGGUACAUCACACAAGGGCUACCAGCCGUGCUGGGAGUGAACGUGCUGCCAGUUCUCGCCUCGAUGUACGCGAUACUCCGCCGCCCUAAAGAACACAAGAUUGGUCUACUAUUGUUGGUUGCGGCCACUUUGUAUGUGGCGCUUUAUAGUUUCAUAUCACACAAAGAGUUUCGGUUCAUGCUACCCCUACUGCCGAUUCUGUUGUACCUGGCACAAGAUGUUAUUGCCCCAUGGAGCCGGAAAGCGAAAAAAUGGCAACUAUACAUAGUGGCGGGUGUAAUCCUGGUAGGCAACGCUGUGCCCGCGCUCUACUUCGGCUACGUACACCAGGCCGCCACAGUGAAAGUGGUGCCGCUCCUGCGGGACGCUGUUCCUCACAACAGAUCCUCCAUCGCCUUCCUGAUGCCUUGCCACUCGACGCCGCUCUACAGCCACCUCCACAUAAACGUGACGACCCGCUACCUGAACUGCGACCCGCCGAUCGACAAAGUGGGCGAGACGCACGAAUCGGAGGCGUUCUUCAACAACCCGCUGCGGUGGUGGCGCGCCGAGUACUCGACGCGGGCCACGCCCACGCUGCUGGUGAUGUUCGACCGGCUGCGCGGCCGGCUCGACGCGCCGCUGGCUGCCUACACGCUGCUGCAUCAGCUCCCGCACACGCAGUUCCCAGAAGGAGAGGUGGGUGAAAAUGUACUCGUGUACCGGAAAGUGGAGUCUCAACCAAAGCUGCGCGCCGACGAGGUGGUCUAACGAACAAACGAGCAUAGAACUGUUAGUAAAAUCUGUGCCCUUAGUAUCUAGAGUUGCAUAUUGACAAUAUAAGCAAUAAGACGAAACUCAAUAGGGUUCGAUACGUAAAACGGACUUUUAGUCUUGUCUCUUUCUCACUUAUACGAUUUCACCCGUGGAUCGAAAGAGAACGACCCGAAUAUUCGCGUUACGCGUUCACAAUCGACUUAUUUAAAGUAUAAAUCAUAUUCGGUGGCAUCAGAUGUUCCGCGUGUGGUAGAGUGAGAGGUAAGUACUAUAAGCUGUUUUUUAUCUCAUUCUUUAUCCCAGUACAAUAUUUGCUAAUAUAUCCAGAUACAAAAGACUCCAAAUUUAAAUUGCACAAUAAAAAUAGAGAAAUAAUUAAUAUUUUCUAUUAAAAUGUGUUUAUUAAAUUUUUCUCGUCAUGAUUAGUGAUUGACUAUCGAGUAAUGGAUAUAUCAUAUUACAAUUUAUUGAUAGUAUGGCUAAAGAUAAAGUUUCGUUAUACCUACUUAUAAAAAAGGACAAGAAAAAAGUGUUCUUUUUUGUUGUCUUUUGUAGAACCGAACCGGAAUUUACCGGUUUAUGACAUGUAUCGGUUCUUCUUAAAAAUUUUGUAGAUUGCAGCCACAUAUAAAUAAAAAUUGUUACAUUUUUUAUAUUAAAAGAUUAAUAGGAUAACAAAUUUUGAUAUAAAAAAGACAUUUAAUAUAUUAUCAUUUAGCCCACAUAAUUUUUUUUUUUUUCUUUUUUACAUAUUGUAGAUACUAAUAACAUGUUCCGAAUUUAAAAUUGAAUGAAAUUUAAGCUUUAUGAACAUGAUAAACUCUACUAUUCGUAAUAUGACCAGUGUUAUUGUGCAAUUUAAAACGAUAUUUAACUUUUUUUAUUUACAUACGACUUAUCUAAUUAAUUAGAUAUUAUUAUAAGUUUGACUAAAUGGGAAUAUGGCCCCAUUUGUUCAUGUGUUCGAAUAAUAUAUUUACAUUUUUAUAGAAUGUAUAUAAAAUAAUUGAAAUUUUUGUGUGUAAGAGUUGUACUAUAUUAUAAGGAGUGGGCGUUACGAAUCAUACAUACAUACAUGUAACCACAAAAUAAAUAAAUGAUAAUUAAAACAGUCUAUUAUACAAAGUGUAAGGGGCAGGUUAAAAAAAACUGAAACAGUCAAAUUCUUUUCGGAAAAUAUCUAAUUUUUAUUCUUUUAAAAUCAUGUAAUCUUAUGAUAUUAUAUCAUAAAAUAUAGGAAUAAUAAUAAUUAUAGUGAAAUACUAUAGAAUAAAUAUAAAAAUCCUACCGCAAUGUACGGAAUUCGUUGUGUAAGGUCAACACCGCAAGCGUAAGAAAAACUACCUACGAAGAAGCGCCGUUGAUCGCGCGACGUAGAUAUACCACGUCACGUAGAGUACAGUACAUUGUAAAAUUUCAAAUACAUUGCGCGGCGUCAAAUCUAAGAAUCGUUAAUUAUACGCAUGGGAGGUAUCAUGGGCGAAACAGUAUACUCUGUUAUGUCUAUGGUACUGCUCAUGUGUAUAGGCGACGUCAGCUUAUUUGCCAUUCUAAGUUGUAUAAAAAAAAAGCUUAGAAUAUAAAUUUAAUAGCAACUGCGUACAUUUUUUAAUACGAUUUUGUGGUUAUUGUGUAAGUAUGCUUAUGAAUAUAAUUAGAUUUUAUUAGAAUGAUUUACUAAGGUAAUUGAUUAUUACUGCCACAUCUAGGUUUUCUUAGUGUAAUAAAAAAAAAAUAACGGACUGCGUUUUUCAAGAUGGACCACCAUCCUUUUAUAUGUUUUUUUAAUUUAAAUGUAAUAUAAAUGUUAUGUCAGCAAUUAUAAUAGCAUUAUUAACAAAAUAUGAAGUGCCACUUUGGCAUCACAGUAUAUACUGUGAUGUCCUAAUAAUUGUUCAAUUCUAUUAGCGCCAUUGUCUCUUAAACUUAAUAGAAAGUUAAUAGUCCUAGAUAAAUACAAAUCAUGGCCGUAGCGAGGGUCAGGGGGGUAUUGAGGGGCAAUGCCCUAGCUUAAAAUGAAAGGCUCCAAGAAAAUUAGACAGAUUCGCUUUUUCGAAGUCAAUUAUGGCUUUUGCCUUACUAAAAAGUUUUUUCCCUACCAUAAAUUUGGAUUUAGCCACGGCCCUGGUACAAAUCUAUUGGUAUCUCGAUUUAUUCAUAGCUAUCGUUCAUAUCUUUCAAGGCAAGAAUGAACAGACGUUAUAAUAAACUUUUAUUUAUAAUAAUUCUAUCCAUAAAUUCGUUUGUCAUUUAUCUAGGGAGAUACUUAAUUUUUCCUGGUAGAAAAUUAUCAAUGUCGACAUAGUAUUGACCAUAUCGUAUGGCAUAUAUACGUCGAUGACUUCUAUUUAAUAAAAAAAUAAUUUUAAUUUGUGUGUAUGUGUGUGUGUGUGUAUAAAAAUAUUUUCAUACUUGUCUGCCGUUGUUGUUCUUGUAUCCAUGACUGAGAUUCCCUUGUUCGAGUACAAUAUAUUUUAUACAUACAUAAUAUAUAUAUAUAUAUAUAUAUAUAUAUAUAUAUAUAUAUAUAUAUAUAUAUAUAUAUAUAUAUAUAUAUAUAUUUGAUUAGUUUAUGACCUUGCCAAAGUUAGUACUUCCUAUAUUUACUAACAAUUGCGUAGUUUGAAUAGUUUAUAUUAUAUUACAAUUUUUAUAUUGAAUGGAAUAAACAAGAUAUUUCGUUUGUGAUACUACCACCGAAAAUUAAAUUGUGCUGUCUUGUCUACAUUUAUUUUAUAAACUGUUUCUGAAUUUCAAAGAUCAAUUAUGGCAGUAUACAGUAUAUGUUCUUUGAUUAUGUAUUAGUGAUUAUAAAAAAAAAUAUUGUUUAUUGAAAUAUUAAAAUAAACCGUCGUGAAAUGGGUAAAAUGGUUAAUUUUUUUUUUAUUUUCACAUUAAAUAUAUCAAUAUAUCCCUUCUUUGCAUGAUUUUUUUUAUUGGUGAAAUAAAUCAAGGUGAUAUAAUUCAUGUUCAGAAUUAAAGGAAAUAUGGAAAAAAAAAUUUGACAGGUAAGGUUUUUUUUUUCUGCAAUGGACAUUAAAAAGGUAUUCAGACACGAUCAACUUAAAGUGAAAUUGUUCUUUUAUGUAAUUUUUGGGCAUUCAAUGUUAUGAUGGAAAUUUCCACUAUUAUGCAAGGAAGGGAUAUAAGCGGUAACAUUAUAUGAAGUAGAUUCACUAUUAUAAUUUUGUAAGUUAUAAACAAAACAAUGGAAUCCAAAGUAGAAUAUAAUUAUUUAUAAUUAAUUAAUGUAUAUGCAAUAAUUUUUUGAUUUCUUAUUUUAUAGUGUAUUUUAUUUUUCAUAAAUUUAGAUUAUUGUGUAUACUAUUGCCUUGCUCAAAUAUAAAGACAAAGUAUAUUUAAGAUCUCCUAGUAAAUUGUCUUUAAUAGUAAAUAACAACAUGCAAUAAAUAAUACAUGUUUGUGAGUGUUGAUUGACACCUAUUGCACUGUCAUUAUUUCUGAUGAUUGUUGCAUUUACAUACAUCAAUGUGAUGUGCCAGUGAUCAUUACGACAUAUCAGUGCCACGGUCAUGUAUACCUUGCUGUAGAAAUACAAACAAAUCUAAUGCCUGCCGCUCUAAUUCUACGCAGGGCAAUAUCCAACCGCUUCCCGAAUGGCAAAUCUAUCGAUAGAAUCGUUAUCACGAGCGAGUCGUGUGAUGGAAUAAUGAGAUGGCUAUAUUUGCUGUCUUGUUCUUUUUCAUGUAAGCGCUGAUUGAAACGGUUCUCUCUAUAGAUUCGUUUAUCUUGCAUCUAGAGGGGUAGACUAUGUAAUCCGUAAAUAGUUUGCGAUUGCUAACAAUUGCUUCAUAUUUGCUACCAUUCUAUAUUUCUGAAAUGUUUUAUAUGACUUACAAGCGAUUAGCGAGUGAAUGUUGGUGCUGCCUCUGUAGGAUGAUUUAGGAACUAAAAUUAUUAAUAUAGAUUAGUGUCUAUUGUUUCUCCAAAAGUUGUAUUUGCCUUAAUCAAAUUAAGAUGUGUUUUGAUAUUAAUGUGUUUUACAAUAAAAGGUAUUUUCAUACGUCCUGUCUGCUAAUGGAGUAAGCAGAAAUAAUAGAACGCUUACCGUCUUACCACAAAAUAUUUUAAAACGCUGCUUUUCUUAUUGUAAUAAAUUUUAAAUGUUUUAUUUAAAAAAAUAUAUUUUUCGUUUAUAUACAACCAGAUGCUAGACUUGUUUUUGCUGUAAAACAUCUAAACAAGAAUCGUUUAUGACAAGUUUAACUAUUUUGUAGUAAGACGGCUUUAUUCAAUCUCGCUAGACAGAAAUACAUUAAGUAUGAAUCGUGUCCGUGGUACUCGUAAAUAUUGAUAGUGCAAUGGGUUCUUUAGAUGUUUUGAUAUCUGGAACUAAUGAAAUACAUUUAAGGAUUCUUACAUACUAGCAACACU